CUUCUCGCUCGGGAGCGGAGUCGCGGCGGCCGGUGCAGCUCGCGGGACUCGGGGCCGGCGCGGGACAUGGGGCUGGAGGACGAGCGCAAGAUGCUGGCGGGGUCCGGAGACCCGCAGGAGGAGGAAGAGGAGGAGGAAUUAGUGGAUCCCCUGACCAAAGUGCGAGAACAGUGUGAGCAGCUGGAGAAGUGUGUAAAGGCUCGGGAGCGCUUAGAGAUGUGUGACCAGCGUGUGUCGUCCCGGUCAAAAACAGAGGAGGAUUGCACUGAGGAGCUCUUCGACUUCUUGCAUGCCCGGGACCACUGUGUGGCCCACAAACUCUUCAACAGCCUGAAAUAAAUGUGCAGACUCACGUAACCAGUCUUCAUCACCUGUGUAUCAGGCUAUUUCCUUAUAGUUUUGAACAUGCCGUUUG